UAGGCCUUAGGAAUGAGGUCACGGGAGAAAUGUAGAAGAGUUCCGAGUUGUUGGCUAGAGAAGUCCUCAAACACUGUACAGCUUAAUGGGUGGGACAUGGGAAGACCAAAAUGCAAUAGAAAUGUAGACAGUGAAGUCUGUGCUCAUGAGGUUCCAAGGGGGAACAAGGACUCUACUGGGAACUAGGUUAGAUGCCAUUUGUCUUAUAUCCUCUCAGAGAAUCUGGCUGCAUUCUGUCUAUACCCUGAGGAGCUGCAGGAAACUGAAAUCAGAAGUGAUAGACUAAGUCUGGCAUAGGAAACCUCAAAACAUCAUACUAAUUCCUCUGAUCAACUAAUCUUUACAUCACCUUUGUGAGUUGAUGGGCGAGGCUGAUCUGAAGCUGUAAUUAACCAAACCAACUUAAAAUAAUAUUAAGCUUUAAUAAACAGAAGAAAGGAAACUUAUAAAACUAGGGUGCCAGCGAUUCAGGAGAACAGGAACACAAAGAGAGUGAGCUCGAGCACAUAGAUGCUUUUAUUGGCUAUCUGUGGCCCUACGGGACACACUAAGCAACAUGUGAUUGGCUGAAGUCCCCCAUUAUCUCCCCCUUUCUCUAAUCAAGAUCGAACUAAACCCAAUACAACUAUAUACAGUAGGAACAGAUACCAAAUAUAAAAUUACAAAUAACAAACAAUAUUAAGCAAAAAAAAAAAACAUAUAACAAAAGUUUUGCUAAGCAUUCUAUUUCAAGGAGUCUAAAACACUCUGCUUCCCCAGCCUUAGGGCUAUGCAGGUGCUCCCAUGUUCCAUCUUCUCCAGAGUUUAUGUUUCAGGCUCUGCCUACUUACCAAGUUGAUGAGAGCCCCCUGAACACUUUGAAUAGUGGGGAAGGGGAACAAAGACAGGACUGAGAUCUGAGCAGGAGUCUCAGGCUCUGUGUUUUCAUAAGUCACCCCUAAGUGAACGCUCUGUGGGAGGAAGGGGGCUGAUGUUUCUGUUUUCCAUCCUGCCAGUAGUGAAAUGCAUGGCAGAAAGGUACCUCUAGAAGUCAAACUUCCUGCCAACCUCGGGUGACAGUAACAGUUGCUUACAUUUACAGGGAGGGCUGGUCUAGAAACCACCAUUCCCCUUAGCACCCUAAUCAGAUGCCAACCCAAAAGGGUCAGCAUGUCCAUAUCUGCUUUCCCAUUCUCUGUAAUAGUGCCUAUAGCUAUCUCCCACUCAAGGGCUGUAGCAGGGUGUCUUCAGGCUCCCUGACUUAAUCCUUGUUCUCAUGACACCAGAGUAGCGAAGGCCAACCCCUUGGUUCCUUCUCAUGAUGGCACCUAGCCACUGUGAUUGGGGAAGGGCACAAUGAACAUCUUGUGCGAUGCCAACCUAUCAUGAAGCAGUCACUGUCUCAUUAAAUUCCCCAGCGUGAUGCCAGCCUUGCAAGAAGAGUGGGUUUGUCCUACAAAUACGACUACCAGUCACUCUUCACCAGGCCCACCUGGUACGCUUUGGCUGAAUCAUCUGCUUUCUAAAUAGGACUUCUUGAGUCCUGUGGAGUAGCUGAGAAAGGGAACCCGAACUACAUUCAAUAGGUAAUUUGGGGUGACUUUAAGAAACGGUAUCUUGAGUGGAUUUCUGUCACUGCUAGGUAACAAUGGGGAAGAUAAUGGUUGCUUGAGCUACGUCUCAGAAUGGCCAGGCUCUGGGCUAGAGCCGGGUCACUCCCAUGCAUUCUGAGGCAGGCUAGAGAGCAGGAGGCAGGCACUCGGCAGAGCUUAGGCGGCCUCAUGGGCAGUGGAGGGGGCAGAGCCCAUCCAGUCCCCUCCUGGCCAGACCACCGAAGCCUAGCGAAGAAAACUGAAGGUCCAGUUGAUUGGAUUUCAGUACUAUGUCAUAACAGACAGAUAAUCAUCUACUUGUUCAUCAAGAUGGAAAACUCAGAUUCUAGCGAUCAAGGAAAUGACCAAUCUGCAGCACAGCGCAGAAGGCACGUGGAUCACUUAGAUCCGGAAGAAGGUUUCCAUCAAUUUGUAAAUAAUCUGAGUGGAGAAGACUAUAGACUUCUGAGAAACAACAAUUUGCUAGGCACCGCAGGUCAAAGUACUGUGGAGGAGCUGUUCAGAAGACUACAGCAAAUUGAAGAGGGGCCGCCUCGGCUGCCGCCACAGAGCUCAGAAGAAAAUGGAGACUCUUCAGAUGACGAGUCCAAUGGUGACUUUGUAAUAGAUUGGCUUAGCUCUGUCAGACAGACUGGCAAUACAACAAGAAGUGGUCAGAGUGGAAAUCUGUCCGGGAGGGCAGUGAGCCACACUAAUCCAAACAGUGGUGAUUUCAGAUUCAGUUUAGAGACAAAUGUUAACCGUAAUAAUGGAAGCCAAACCUCAGAGAAUGAAAAUGAACCAUCUGCUACACGUCUUAAUGUAGAAAACAUGGAUCGCCUCCAAAGUCAAAUGGAAAAUUCAGCAUCUGAGACAUCAUCUGCCAGAACACCUAGGUCAGAACACAGUUCUGCUGAAGCAUUAACAGAUGUGCCAUCCACCAGAGGUCGGAGGAGGGCAAGAAGCUUGAAACCAGAACACCAGCGAAGAACCAGAGUCAGAGCUGAAAGAAGAAGGUCUUCUCUGCACCCAGCAAAUGAAAUUCCACGAAGAUCUCAUCAUAGCAUCUCAUCUCGAACUUUUGAGCAGCCUUUGGCAAACGAGAUAGAGGGUAGUUCCAGAGCCCAUCACCAUGUGACUUUGAGACACCAGAUAACUGGACCUGAGUUGCUAGGUGGAGGUCGUUUUGUGGCUUCUGGGUCAAGAAAUUCUGCCGCUCAAGGGACAAGCUCUUCAGACACAGAUACCAAUGGUGAAGCGGCAGGAUCUGGUCAAAGACCUCCAACCAGAGACCUUCAAGUCAGAAGAGUUCUGCUGGCAGAAGACUGGCAGAGUGAUUGCAUAGCUAGCAGAACUCUGUCAAGGUCUCAGAUCCCAAACAACACGGUCACUUAUGAAAGUGAACCUGGAGGUUUUAUAGGCACCUUUACACUUUCUGAACAUGCAGCUGGGAGAACCUCUGUGAGUACUCACAGGUUUUCCACUCUUACAAUCCACAAUAGUGGAUCAAGGGAAACUACAUCUCUUCUGAUUCAAACCAGGUUAAGGCAGAGUACAACAGCUUUUGGUGAGCUUCCAUGGAGUGGAAGAAGGAGCUCUAGUGGUAACAACUCUGCUUCCGUCUCCAGCUUCAACCCUGGCUCCAGUUCCAUUGGUGAAUAUUCAGAAAGUAUCUCACAGAUGUUUGAAGGAGGUAUUGAAGCAACCCGACUUUACCCCUUUCAUGACAGCCACCUAUCUAGAGGACCCACCAAUGUCCAGAUUAAUAACUUGGCAACGAGAAGUUUUGGUGAAAACAAUGCAUUGAAGACACGUAUUAUUUGCAUUACUGAAUAUACAGAAGGUGACAAACUUCAUGCGCUACCUUGCUCCCAUGAGUACCACGUCCACUGCAUCGACUGCUGGUUAUCGGAGAAUAACUCCUGUCCCAUUUGUCGCAGGGUCGUCUCUUCUUCCUGGAACAGACAUAGGGUUGUUUAAUGAGAACAGAACUCUCGAUGCUGUGUUGCUGGAAUAGUGACCGGCAAAUGGAAAUCGCUUCCUUUAUCUCACGGUGCUUAAAUAUAAAGUCACAACCUGAAUUGCGUCAUUGCUUUCUGAGGGAAUCGUGUCUUUUCUCUAGUUUCUCUUUCAGGAUAGAAAGAAUAUUUCAGAUGUAACGUUUUAGGCCUUCAGUGUUUGAUUUCAGUACCGGAUAAUUGCUAACCUGUUACUGAUAAUUACCCAUGUACACUUGUCAUUUUCCCUUUUUUACCAGAAGGUCUGCCUUAGCAGGGGCACCUUUAUCAUGUUGAGCUCUUUUUAGGUUUCCCAGGCCAUAAGAGGGGCAUGAAGAAAAUUCCCACUCAUAAGUUCUAUUAUGUGUUUAGUAAGGGAUUAAUUAAAACUAUACCAUUCCCAGUUAUUGACACAAUUCAGUCACAUUUUCUGAGUAUUGUUUGUUCACCUUCCAGAUUAGGGGAUGAUGGAUAUACCGGUGUAAAUAACACUAAACAGGUAGGAUCUUCUAAGUGUAUUAACUGUCCUAAGGCCAUCACAGUGGCACACAAUCGAGUGAACACAGAGUUUCAUUGAGAUAUUUAUCUUGUUGAAAUAUUAAAAAGCCUAUGCUUGCGUAAGUGAAAAAAAAUCACAUUCGUUUGUUUCAAAAGGUAAAGUUAUUUUGUAGAGGCUCAGUACUUUUCCAAUGCACUAUUGUAUUAACGCACACAAAAUUGUAAAGUACCGUGCUUAGAAAUGAGAACUGCUUUUUUUGAGCUGGCAUAGUAAAACAAACACACCAAACCAAGUGCCACGCUGCUUUUGUAAGUGUGUGGGUGAUGAGAGCAGAACAUAUCUCUAUUAAAUGUGUUUGAGAACAGCUACUGUGACAUGGAAAGAAAGGACCAUGUAGAAUCAAACUGCGGUAAAACCCAAUGGAAAUCAAGGAUAUUAACCUGGAUUUAGGCAAGAAGUCAUAGAGGGUAAGAACACUGUUCUGGAGAAUGAAACAUUUUCAUGAUGACAGUGGUAUAGGCAUGAACUGGUUUCCUACAGUGACAGCCACAGCAGCUUGACCCAGUAUUCAACUUGAAUAGAUGAAGCAGAAGAUCAACAAAUUCAGCAGAGCUGUUUUUGGUUUAAAAAACAAACCGCUACCACCUAGCACAAGUUAAAUUGAUGUUUUUACAAUCUGCUUCUCAAAAAGAGAAGGUGGAGGAAAGAGACUUCUAAACCAAUUUUAAAGUAGGGAUUUCAGUUGGUACAGAUGGGUGUGCUUUUGGAAAAGUCUCGGAUUUGCUUGUUUUCGAGAUUUAUCAUCUGUGGUAAUAGUGCACGCUUGUCAAUAUUUCAUUGCUGUACCUAGCAGAUCCAACAUGCCACAUUUAAAAGACUUAUUCAUAUACUAAGAUAUUAUCUUUUAUUGAUAGUGAGGCAUGUUGGGUUAUUUGAAAUUCAAAUUCUAUUUGUGUUGUCCAUAUGUGAAGAUGAGAUGUCUUGCUCACAUCUGUGGACAUUCACUUUAUUGUUCUUUUUUAGUGGUAAGACUAGAAUGUGAUAACCCCAGUACUCUUGCCUGGUUUUUCUUUUAAGACUGAUUGGGGUUAAGAUUAGCCUUGUUGGUUCCCCGGAGAAAGCUGCCAGGCCAGAAGAGAAGCUGGAUUGAGCAGGCACAUCCCUGGCCUUUCACCAAAUGAGCUAACUACCCAGACUAGCCCGGGAUUCUAGAAACUCUUUUACUCAAAUAUGCUUGCCCUGACUGGUACCACCUUAGCAAUACAGAUUAUUUCAAAGUUCAUUCUUACAUGUUUUCCUCUGGCUAAGUGUCAAGGGAAUGAAAUUGUAAAUUUGGUAGUUGUUUACAAAGAAUAUGUACUGCUCUUGCAAGGAAAUAAUGUCCAAACAAAGCUUCACCUAUUUCUUUUUAAUAUAAGCAGAUUUCACUAUUUAUGGCUCUUAUGUAAUACAUUUUUUAUCUUUUUAAAAGAAUUAUCCAGGUAAAAGUCAGGAUUCCUUUAUAUUUGAGAGCCUCCUUGUCACCUUUCUAUGGUUUUCAGA